CCAAACGGCGGCGAUGACGGAGGGAGCAGCUCACGCUGGCCAGGCUCCCGACCGAACGCGUCGAGUCAUCUCUCCUCGGGGCCAACCCCUCCUAUUCAUCGCAUCUCUCCCUGACUCCGUCUCCUCCACGAGAUGUAGCACCACCCCACGCCAUGGACGCCCUUGCCGGCUGCAUCUCUCCAUGCGCCGCCACUCCUAUGACACCGCCGCCCGGCAGUCUCCACCAGCACCAUGACGGGCGUGGCCUCUGCACGCGCCGUCACCUCCCCUCCAGAUCCGGCCGUCGUCGAGGGCAUAUCCAUCCAGCAGUGCGCCGUCACCUCCCCUCCAGAUCCAGCCGUCGUCAAUGGCGUAUCCAUCCAGCAGCACGCCGUCAUCCCAAUCAUCACCGUCCACGGCGUCAUCGCCCAGGCCCAGUCAGGGGCCGGCAAGACCUCCAUGAUCUCCCUCUUCGUCUGCCAGGUCAUUGAGACCAACGUCCACGAUUCAGUGUGGUAAUCUACAGCAAUCAAGUUAACAAAUCUGAAGCAUUUUAGCAAGGCAACGGUGCAAGUGCUCUUUUGGUGGAAGAUGAAGCUUUUGUUGGGCUUGUGAUGUUUUUCUGAAGAAGACUGACGAUGAACUCAAAAGACAGAUAUAGUACUAAAUGA